AAAAAAUUAAAUUUCUAACUAAAAAACUCAAUGAGAUACUCUAAAUUAAGUGCGCUUGCUCUAGUCCUCUUGAUUAGUUGCUAAGUCUUUGCUACUGAUUAUAGAAACCUUCAAUCAUAAGGCGAUUGUAAAUGCACUUGCGAUUGCAAAGUACCAGACAACAACAAUAAUAAUAACAACAACAAUAACAACAAUAAUAAUAACAACAACAAUAAUAAUAACAACAACAACAAUAACAAUAAUAACAACAAUAACAAUAACAACGGAGGAAAUAGCACUAAACAACCAAGAAACUUUACUGCUUGGUUUGCUAAUUCUAAGCCAGACGCUUGGGGUAAUACAGGUCUUCCCGUUAUUUUGAAAAAUAUUAAUGGUGUUAUUACUAAAGCUUAAUCUGAUAAAUGGUUAGCAGAUAUAACUAAUGCAGCAAAAGCUUUCCCUGAUUUUUGUAACAGUGGUAAUGAAUAAAAAGAUAAGCAAGAGUUUGCUGCCUUCUUAACAAUUAUUGGUGCUGAAACAUCAUUUGAUCCUUCAAAUGGAUUCCCUUGCACAAAGGAAAAUGGAUGUCCUAAUUGUGAUGCUUGUUCUUACAAUUCUAAAGGAAAGUAAUGCAGCACAACUCCUAAUCUAUAGUAUUAUGGAAGAGGUCCUUUAUAAUUAUCUUGGGAUUACAAUUACAUUAAUUUCUCACAAUAUUACUUCAAAGAUAACAGAGCUCUUACCAAUCCUGACAUUGUUACUUAGGACUAAUAGACUUGCUGGGCUAGUGCAAUCUGGUUUUGGAUGACUCCCUAAAAUUAUGGUGGUUGGUGUAUGCCAUAAGCAGCAUGGCCAAGCAGAGAUGCCUGUGCUUAAAGCUGUCCUAAUGGUCCUUCUGGCUGUUCUAACAGUGCUUGUACAUCCAAUCAUUGGCUUAAUACUGGAAAAGCAAGUCCCCAUGAUGCUAUAUAAACCGGAAAAGGUAUUGGUUAAGUAAUCAAUAUUAUUAAUGGUGGUUACGAUUGUUGCCCUUCAACAACUUAUAAGACCUAGUAUGGUCACACUGUGCACAGAAUUGAAUGGUUUGCUGAAAUACUUUAGCUGUGGGGAGAGCCUUUACCUUACUCAAACUUAUCAACUGUUCCUAUAGAAGAAUGUCCUGCAGCUCAAGGAUCAAUAGAUUGUAGCAGAUUAGCUGGUACUUGCUAUUGGAACUGCUGUUCUGCUAAAUCAUGA